AUGACAGUUCUGGGUUACGUAACUCCUGUGAGGUUUAAAGCUAAUCAACAUAACAACGACCCACAAACUACUUGCAACACAAUCAUGGGCAGCAAACUUUAUGGCCAUGUUCAACGGACUCUUUCCGGGCAGCGAACCACCAAUACUUAUGGUGUUGGUCAAUGGAUUCCUUCUGACCAGAAAGUUCUUGACAAAUGGUUAGCCAACUUGAUAACAGAAGUCAAAAUUAAAUCCAAAGAUAAGUUAGAGUUAUUGCUGGUUCUUCAUCCACCAGCUGAAGAUGAAGAGACAGCUAGAGCUGAAACUCAGCCGGUAGCUGCUAACGGCAAAGAAGAAGACCUCGGUCUCCAUCCACCGGUUCGAGAAUUAUUGAAAGCUAUCAUAUCCGACCCCAAAAUCUACAUGUUCUUCCAUCAGAUGUUCCAGCAACAGUACACUGAGCUCCCACAUAUUUCGGAAAGGACAAAGAUUUCUAGCUGGCAAUUGAUGAUUAUAUUAAUUGACUACAUCAUGACAACAGCUCCAGAGUACAGCAAAGCUGGUUUGGUUAGUUUCCCCAUCAACGCAAUCCUGAACUGGCCGAUGGCUACGACUGCUGGAUUUGCUGCUUUCCUCGACGACAAAGUCAACACGUUGUUCAAAAGUAUUCUCAACUAUUGGGGAAAGUUUCUUUCCAGUUCUGCUUCUUGUUACGUGUUGAAUGAAAAUCCUCGUCAUGGUUGGUUUGGUGAAGAUGCAAUGCAAGCAAUGCCAAACUUCGACCAAGAGUUUAAAUGUAAACCUAAUGAAAAACAUUAUGGUUUUACAUCAUGGGAUGAUUUCUUCACCAGAGAGUUUCGUGAUGGCAUUCGUCCAGUAGAAUCUCCGGACGACGAUUCCAUUGUUGCGAAUGCUUGUGAGUCGGCGCCAUAUCAGAUCUCUACAGCCGUGAAACACAGGGACUUCUUCUGGAUAAAGCACCAACGGUACUCAUUGGACUUCAUCCUGAACAUGAGUGACCUUGCCAAGCAAUUUCAUGGUGGAACCGUCUACCAAGCGUUCCUAAGGGCCACCAGUUAUCACCGAUUUCACAGUCCUGUGUCCGGUACCAUUUACAAGACAGAACUCGUGGAUGGUUCUUAUUAUUCUGCAACCCACGACAUUCAGGAUGACCCUGCAUCGCCCAACAUGUCACGAGGAUACAUAGCCCAAGUAGCUGCCAGAGGUAUUAUCUACAUUCAAGCUGACAAUCCUGAUAUUGGCUUAAUGUGCUUCGUAUCAAUCGGUAUGUCAGAGGUGUCUUCCAACGAAAUCACCGUUGAAGAAAAGGAUAAAGUGAAGAAAGGUGACCAGCUCGGUAUGUUUCACUUUGGUGGGUCCACGUAUCUACUGAUAUUUCGCCCUGAAGUAAAUAUCAAGUUCGAUACGAGAGGUCAAAUGCCAGGUCUAGAUACCGAAAACAUUCCGGUUAAAUCGAAAAUUGCAACCGUGCAUCCAGCAAUCUAA